UGGGUGAUGGCGUCACGAAAAUUCGAUGUUCUUUUAUCUUCCUAAAAAUCACUCGUUUACGCUCAUACGCCCACCCCGUUCAAAAGAUAAUGCUCAGGGGAUGUUGAUUGUGGUGGGCCACUCUAGUCGCUCUUUUUGAUACUUGAACAUCAUUUCAAAGGGUCUUAGGCAUUUCAGUUCAGACUUUAAUACAGCACAGACCCUAGUGAUCGGACGGGGGUGUGAUUCGAUUCCAUAGUGUGACGUUCGGGCAGCACCACCACAAUCGAAACCACCCCUCGCACAUCAUACGGGCACUCGGAGGGGACUGCCUGUGUACUCGUGAAGCCAAAGCCAGGGCGACGGCGGGGCUGGAGCGAAGUGUUCGCUGUCUGCCAGCACGCGUGCCUCGGGGUGCACAGUAAGGAAGUGCACGACGGGCCCCUCCCCUCCCGCCUGCGGUCAUGCAUAAGCCAGGUCAUGUUUGAAGAGACGGCCUGCAUGGUUGAUGAGUGCAUAGGCCGGACACGCACGGAGAGGAGCGCCAGAGGAUGGCGGGACCGUAGCCUCCCCGGGCGGGGCGUGCCGAAGGGGUUGCCGAUCUGCCGGGGGACUCGCCCGCCGCGCGCUCCACCCUGCGCUCCACCCCCACCCCGCGAGGAUGCAGCGCCCCCUGCUGGAGCUCUUACGCGAAUGGCGUUUGGAGGUCGGCGUCGACGCGCGGGUAGCGUCCCGGCGCCACAGGAUCGCAGUCUCUUUGCGAGGGACGCCGUUCACGGCGUCGGUGUCGGUGCUUGUGGGCCUUCUCGCGCUGCUGGACGUGCUGGGCGCUUCGGGCGGGGGCCUGCAGAUGAACGCCCUGCGCGUGCUCCUCGCGCUGUGCUCUUGCCUGCCGGCGCAGGUCUUCUUCAUGCGGAGGAUGCCACAGGCUCGCCGCGUCCUGGACCACAUGAUCGGCGCGGCCACCGUCCUGGAGACGGUCGCGACCCCCGCCGACCAGGCCGAGAUGUCGCGGACGGCGUCCCGGGGGCGGCUGGUGGCGCGCGCCUGCGCGGCCUACGUGCUGCUCGGCACGGUGACCAUCCUGUGCGUGCUGCUGCCCGACGACGGCGGGUCGAGCGUCGUGGAGCGCCUGGACGGCCCCCUGCGCCACGCCGUCCUGGCGUGCGUCAAGCUGGCCGUGGCCGCGGCGUGCACGAGCUGCCUCGUGGCCUACUACACGUGCUACGCGCUGCUGUUCGUCCUGUACUCGGGCGUCGCCUCGCUGCUGGGCGCCGUCGAGGGAUGCGCGCAGCAGGCGGCCGGCACGAGGACGCUGCGCCGCAUCGUGUGGGCGCACGGGCAGGCGGUGAUGGGGGCGUCGCAGGUCGACGCCAUGUUCCGCGACCUCCACCCCUUCUACCUGUUCGCCAUCCUGACGCUGCCGCUGCUGGACACCGCGCAGUUCGUGUCCAAGCGCAAGGCCGACCUCAUGACCCCCGCCACCAUCCCCGCCAUCCUCGGUGUGUUCCUGCCCAUCUGCCUGGGCGGGCAGCGCGUGCGGGGAAGUACCUUCGGGCCCUCAGGGGACGGCCACCUCCAGACUGCAGUUCUGUACUUCCAGACACGCCAGGCGUGGGAGGUCAUCUCGUUCCAGUGCUCCGAACCAGACAUGGCGUCGUUCAUACGGGAAGCCUCGGCCGGAUCAGUCGCGGUACAGUUCCGACCGGUCCACACCGCCGCGCUUCUCCGCUUCCAGGAGAUCCACUUCAAUCGCAUCGGGGUCUUCAUUGACGUGGCGUGCCCGGGGGUCCUGCAGGAUCUGAGCACACACCCGCCGACUUUCUUCAACUCGUCGUUCGUUGUCUUCCUGUGGGACCCGCGGCGCAAGCCGGCCGAGGCCACGGACCUCUUCUACGUGGUCGGGUCCUUCAACCUGUCCGUGGACUCGCAGCUGGCCAUCGCCGCGCCGUACCUGCCCGUCGCCCUGGACGUGUACAAGGUGUACUACGACAUGCCUCUCGUGGUUGAGCCGCUCCGCCUCUUCCCGUCCAAGAGGAAGGACUUCACGGGGUUGACGGUGCGAGCCGUCGGGGAGGCCAUCCGCGGCACCCAGUUGGGCUGGAACCAGUUCCCGCUGUACCUGGAGGGCUUCAUCCGGGACGAGGACCCCGCCGACAUUUUCAAGCAGGGCCCUCGGCUGUUUGAUCUAAUGCGGGAACUAUACAACUUUACUUUUGCGAUGCGCACGGUGGACAGCGGUGGCGGCCAGGCCAUGUCGAACGGUAGCUGCUCGGGCAUACCCGGCCUCCUGCAGAGUGGCGAGUUUGACUUUGGCCUGCAGAUCUGGAUGGAUGAGAGUCGCCUGAAGUGUGUCCAGUUCAUCUCUUACAACCUCGUCACCUUUGACACGGCCCUGGUCUACCGCAUGCCCACCCGCUCCUCCUCGGCCAUCAACAGCAUGGUGACGCCCUUCUCCAGCGGCUCGUGGGCCGGCGUGUUCGUCAUGUUCGGCAUGAUGUCGCUGCUGCUGCUCAUCGCGGACGAGUUCCACCUGGAGGAGGCCUUCGGCAACCUGGGGCCGUGGAGCGCCGCGCUCAUCUUUGGCACGGCCGGCAUCUCCUGGGGAAGCGUCCACUACGGCAUCAACUCGACGCACCUCAUCUCGGUGGAGCUGGGCACGGUGGUGGGCGGGCUCACCUACACGGUCGUUUUCACCUACUACCAGUCCUCGGUCGUAUUCGGCCUGCUCGCCAAGGAUUCGCGGCCGCCGCUCACCCCCCAGGAGGUGCUGGAGGAGGGUUACCGGGUCGUGUCCGACGACUUCGCCUACUUCAAGGACUUGUUUGAGACGUCGGAGAACCCGGACGUCCAGGAUAUCCGACGACGGCACUUGUCCUCCGAGACCUCGUCCGGGUUCGUGAGCCUGGGCACGGGCGCGCACAUGCUGAAGAACGACAAAGUGGCCCUGGUCGGGGACAGCACGGCGGUCGCCAAGCAGCUCAACCCCAUCAUGACCAGCCAGCAGUUGUGCUCCGUGCGCUACUCGCGCAUCGAGGCGGACCGCAGUCUGCUGUACUCGGCGGCGCGCAAGCACUGGCCUCUCGCCGACCACAUCAAAUGCGGGCUGCUCAUGGCGCUGGAGCGCGGGCUGAGCCGGCGCAUCGUGCGGCCCUUCCGCAUGCCCUGCUCGACGGACGACUCGACGGCCACGCAGACCACCAUCUCGGCGCUGACGGUGACGGCCGCCACGACGGCGUACCUCGUCCUCGCCACCGGCUACGUGGUCUGCGGCACGCUCUGCGCCCUGGAGACGGUCGGCCCCGCCAUGGAGAGGACGGUGGACCGCUUCCUGGAGACGCGCCGGCUGAGCGUCCUGUUCGCGCGCCGGCGCACCCGCCGCUGGAGCCGCCUAUCCGAAGGGCCGCCGCCGCCCGCCUAUGGGCGCCGCCGCACCCGCAACUGGAGCCGCGUCUCCGUCGUGACCGCCGCACCCUCACCCUCCGCGCCGCCGCGCACCCGCACCGCCAGCGCCGAGGCCCUCGCCGCCGUCCAGUUCUUUCACUGAGAGACCGCCUGUAUGCCGACCCUCAAUAAACGCCAGCUCCGCGAGACGCACUUAGAAAAGCGAUUUGUCCAAAUGACAAAAA